ACAAUUUCACAACCAUUCUAUUCUCUCUUUCACACUCUCUCUCUACUUUCUCUUUCUAAACAAAAACACUUUCACUCAUUUCUCUCUCCGACUUGCGAGCCCGAGCGAUCUAACCCUACAACCACCAUGUUCCGCCGCGCAACAUCUUCCCUUUUCUCACGCGCCGUCGCCACUCGCCGCUUCUCCACCGAUGUAGCUACCCCCGUCACUGAUUCCUCCUUCGUUGAAGCUUGGAAUAAAGUUAGCCCCAAUCUUGAUCCACCUAAGACACCAGUCGCUUUCAUCAAAUCUCGUCCUCCUAUUCCUUCUACUCUUCCAACCAAACUCACAGUCAAUUUCGUUCUUCCUUAUGCUUCUCAAUUGUCCGCUAAAGAGGUUGAUCUGGUAAUAAUCCCAGCCACAACAGGCCAGAUGGGUAUCCUCCCAGGACAUGUUUCAACAAUUGCAGAGUUGAAACCUGGGGUCAUGAUUGUACAAGAAGGGAAUGAUUCGACCAAGUAUUUUGUAAGCAGUGGCUUCGCUUUCGUCCAUGCAAACUCUGUUGCUGAUAUAAUCGCUGUUGAGGCCGUUCCACUGGAUCAAAUUGAUGCAAGCCUAGUGCAGAAGGGUCUUCAAGAGUUCACUCAGAAGCUCAGCUCAGCGACAACUGAUUUGGAGAAAGCUGAAGCUCAGAUUGGAGUUGAUGUCCAUAGUGCUCUCAACUCAGCUCUUACAGCCUAAGUACUGUAGUUGAACUUUACUUUUUGAAUUGUUUAUUUCCCCGGUUAUUUUGUCUCAGUGUAAUCAAAGUUGCUGAAGAACAUUAUCAUCAUGUAUUUGUGUUGAAACCGAAUUGACGGAAUAAUAUAUUUCAACAGCUUCCAUCUAGCUCCAGGAAGUUGAGCAAGACCUUGAAAUCAGAAACAAAAGCUUGAUAAAUAUAUUUUGGAUUAUAUGCAA